UUAAAUUGCGCUUUCAAACCUGAUUUUAUUUUAAAUAUAACUAUUAGUUUUGAUUUUAAUUACGCUAACUAUUAAUAAUGACAAUUGAUUUCUAUUAUAACCGAUUCAGUGGUGCGUCGAGAGCCGUGUAUAUGACAAUCAGGCAAUUAACACUUGACGUUAACUUCAAACCAAUUGACCUAGCUGCUGGCGAACAAUUGAAACCAGAGUUUCUAGCUAUAAAUCCCUUACAUAUUGUGCCCACCAUUAAUGACCACGGGUUCGCUCUAUGGGAGAGUCGGGCAAUAAUGCAAUACCUGUGCAACCGAUACGCGCCGGACAGCACUCUUUACCCGACGGACCCGAAACAGCGCGCUCUAGUCGACCGGUCUCUCAACUUUGACUUAACAUUCUUGAAUCAAAUCGAAGACGUUGUGUCACCACCACUAUUUACUGGAACUCAACCCUCUCCCGACAAAGUAACCGCGCUGAAUAAUAGUCUCAAAAAUUUGGACCAGGUGCUAAUAAAACAAAAUAAGUAUCUCGUUGGCGACCAGUUGACCCUGGCAGAUUUGUCGCUACUGGGAUAUUGGGUAUAUCUGGAAAGAUUUCACAUAGAUCUCAGUGCGUACCCCAACUACAAGCGAUGGGUGGCCGGCUUACAGGCAGAGCUGCCCUAUUUCAAUGAGGUGAAUGAUAUAUCGCAGGCCGAGUGGGACCGGGAAAUGGCCAGAUACAAAACGGCAACUUGA